UUAUGUGCCGUUGUACAGGGGGCGAGUUAUUGAAUUACAUCAAAAUGUAAUCGCGAAUUUUGUAGAAGAUCAAUUUAAUGUCAGCGUCUCGAGAUAGGUCGAAUAGCGCGAGUCGUUUUACGUGUCGAGAAACGAGCCUAGGCUUUAUUAAAAUGAUGCAUCGCGUUCGUCACUUGAGAAGUAUCAUGGGUAUAAUUCAAAGGCAAGGCUGCGAAACCUCACUGAACAGGACCAGGCGCGAAGUUUCGAUCGGGCACAGAGCGUUGUCUGCUACUGCGUGGGUUUGCGCGAAGGAUUCUACAGCUAUACCUUUACGUAGCACAAAACCGAAAUCGAAGAGCUCGGUUAUGCAGCACUUCGUCGACAUAAAACCGGUGAGAACGAUCGGGGGAAACGGCGGCGAUGGGCUGAUAUCGUUCUUACGAUUGUGGGUCAAUGAUCGAGCUGGCCCUGACGGCGGCGACGGCGGACACGGUGGUCACGUAAUAUUCGAGGCGAAAACGGAUAUGAAGGACCUGCACAGCGUAGAUACCGUGAUCAGUGCCGAACACGGAGAAAAAGGCUACGGCAAGGAUUGCUUCGGUAAAAAUGCAGAGCACAAAAUAGUGAAAGUGCCCGUUGGCACGAUCGUGCGCGAUGUAAACGGUAGGAUAUUAGCCGACCUGGACAAGGACGGAAUGAUGUUCAUCGCCGCGAGAGGUGGUGCCGGCGGUCACGGAAAUGCCUUUUUCAAGUCGAACGCUCAGCAGACGCCUGAGAUAUGCGAAUACGGCGCGACCGGGGAAAACUUGGAGUAUGUGCUGGAAGUACGAAGCAUGGCCCACAUUGGAUUGAUUGGUCUGCCCAAUGCUGGUAAAAGUACACUUUUAAGAGCGAUAUCCAGGGCCAGGCCAAAAGUAGCGGCAUAUCCUUUUACCACUUUAAAGCCCAAUAUAGGCAUAGUACAGUACGAUGAUUAUGAACAAAUCGCAGUGGCCGACAUGCCCGGCCUCAUAGAAGAUUCGCAUAAGAAUAGAGGGCUUGGCGUAACUUUCCUUAAACACGUGGAACGUUGCGCCGCUUUAAUAUUUAUUUUAGACGUGACGCAGAAUGAGCCGUGGGAAGUUCUGGAAACUUUAAAGUACGAGAUUAGCCAGUUUAAUGAAAGACUGAACGACAGGCCUCAUAUUAUUGUAGCGAACAAAAUCGAUUUGCCAGACUCUGAGAUAAACUUACAGUUGCUCAGAGAACGCGUAGAUUUACCAAUAAUUCCUAUCUCUGCCAAGGUAGGAACCAAUCUUUCCACUUUAUUAAAGGAGAUUAGAAUGUUGUACGAUAAGCUUAAAGUUAACACGGAAGAAAACACUGAACUUUCCAUGUAACUUUCGUAUAAUAAAUCCGAUAAAAACGUGUA